UUCUUUGCAGACGCGUCGAUGUUUGUAGGCUAAGUUAUUUAUUUUCAAAUACACAUAUUUAUUAUUUAGGAAUGUAUAUUAUAUUUAUUCAAUUACAUUAUAUAAUAAUGAUAAUAUGAUAAUAAUAAUGAAAUAAAUUAAGUUCACCUAAAUGCUUCGAUAAAGAUCAUUUGAUACAAUAACAUUUCUACGUCAGCUCAAUAUCCAACGCUGGAUCAGUUUGAUACGCUACUGUUGCCUCGUUCUGGUUAAAAUAUUUUACGCCUAGUUACGGCUCUAUUCUUAUUCUGUCUUGAGUUAUAAGCCUCUUACGAUAGACAGGGAAGGCAAAACUAUGAACUGCAAUGCAUGCCAAGAAGAAACCUCUUCCUCCAGUUCAGUCUGCUAUUGCAAGGAAUGCAAUGAGUACCUUUGUCAACGUCACCUUGAUGAUCAUAAAGUUGUCCGAUUUACAAGAAACCAUGUAACCGUUUCUGUGUCUGAAGGAAUUCAGUUAAAUGAAGAGCAGAGGAAAAUAUCAAUCCAAGGUUCAGCACAACAAAUGCCAGAACAGUUCCAAAUACAAGUGAAUAUAGGACAACCACAAGCUGGAAGGCAAAUGAGAACGCCUGGGAAACCAGAAAUACAACAUGUCACUGCAGAUACAAUCAGUUUAAGCUGGGAGAAACCACAUUUAUUUGGGAAAGAUGAUACGUAUCAGCUAAGCUUUAAAUUUACCGAUGAUCCCUCAAGCAAAUGGAAGCCAUACGUUCAAGAAUUCAAAACUAACAAGGCAACAUUGACUGACUUGAAGUCAAACACACCGUUUACAUUUCGAGUUCGUGUGUUAUUCGACGAGGAAGAGGGUCCUUACAGUCCACCUAGCGACCGAGUUCAAACAAAGCAGACACCAGCCAUCAGAAUAAAAGAUUUUGCUGUUGUAGUCGAAAAGAAUAAGGUUCCAGAAACGCGUUCCCUUCCUAUUACACAAGUUCGUGAAUCAAGGAAUAGCGAAGCCAUGACUCAGAAGUUUGAAUUUGGUGAAAUGAAAAACAACUUUAGGGGCAAUGAAAAGACAAUAAUGCUAGUUGGUGAAACUGGGACAGGUAAAAGUACGAUGCUUAAUGGAAUGGUUAACUUUGUUCUUGGGGUGAACUUCGACGACCCAGUACGGUACACAAUUGUUCACAUGGAAGAUGAAGAAAAGAAGAAGCACCAAAACCAGGCGCUUUCUCAGACUGACUGGAUAACAUGCUAUACUCUGUACCCCGAGGAAGGAGGAAGGGUAGACUUCACAUUGAAUAUCAUCGAUACUCCUGGAUUUGGUGAUACGAGAGGACAUAAGAGAGACAGGCAGUUGGUCAAACAGAUACAUACACUGUUUUCCUGCAGGGAUGUGAGAGGCGUAUUAGGUAUUGAUGCUGUUUGUUUUUUGAUUAAAGCACCUGAUGCAAGAUUGACACCUACCCAAACAUAUAUCUUUGAGUCAAUUAUGUCUCUUUUUGGCAAAAAUGUAGAAAAAAACAUUUGCUCAUUGAUUACAUUUGCUGACGGAGAGUCACCACCUGUUCUUGCCUCACUGAAGCAAUCUGGACUUCCAUUUGGUCAACAUUUUACAUUUAAUAACUCCGCCCUUUUUACAAAAAACACAGAUUUGGGUCCCUCCAGCCUUUCCCCAAUAUACUGGAACAUGGGUAUCAAAAGUUUUCGAGCAUUCUUUGACCAUCUGAGUAAAAUGCAUACAACAAGUCUUGAACAAACCAAAGACGUACUUGACACAAGGCAGAAUCUUGAAACCACAAUUCAGAACCUUCUGCCAAUGGUUGACGUAGGGCUCAGCACUUUAGCUAGCAUGAGAAAGCAGAUUGAGUUUAUCAAACAACAUAAGCUCGAUAUUGAACAAAACAAAGACUUCCUUAUCCCAAGAGAAUAUCCUAACAUUAAACAACAUGAUACUGAACCUGGUCAGUUUGUGACCAAUUGCCUCCAAUGCAAUCGGACUUGUCACAAAUAUUGUGCCUUCUCUGAUAAUGAGGAUAAAAAAUACUGCUGCGCAAUGUCUGGAGACAACUGUACACAAUGCCAGAACAAAUGCCACUGGAGACAACAUAAAAAUAUGAGCUUUUACUUCGAGAUUGAAAUCGAAACUAAGCUCGAAUCAUUUGCUGAUAAGAAACUUAAAUAUGAAGAGGCCACUGGCAAAAGGCUAAACUCGGAAGGAGUUGUAAAAGAGAUGCACAAGGAAAUUGUGAAAAUAAAGAAGGAAAUUCAAGAAAUGAUGAAAACAAUAACAAGUUGUAAUAAUAAACUAAAAGAAAUAGCUAUUCGUCAAAAUCCUCUGAGUUUAGUUCAGCAAAUUGAACUUCUCAUUGAAUCAGAGCUAUCACAAAAGCGAAAAGGUUUUGAAGACAGAGUAAAAGAGCUUCAGCUGUACAAGAAAGAAGCUCAGUAUGGAGAUGUAGUUCAGCACUUCUGUAUAGAAGAAAGUUCUGUUUCUGAAGAACUUGCCGAACAGGUUGUUAAAGAUGAACCAGGUUUCUUUCAAAAUAUUUACAAUAAAAUAAAAGGAAAAUAGAAUGAUGCAUACAGAUUAUAUAUAAACAUCUAAAUGUCGCACAAAUGAAAAAUGGAGGCAUAAUUAUGUAAUAAGAUUAAAAAUUCUAACACCAAACGUUUUAAAUUCUAGCUCGGAUUCUCUUGUUUUACCUCCAGUAAAAAAAAACUUAAGAAUAUGUGAAAUAUUGACUAAAUUUAUGAAGAUUACCAGAGGUUUAAACGAUUCUAUCAUCGGGUUGUUUCUGCUUUUAACGACACAGAAAGUGAAAAGUAAAAUAUUAUUUUAACGAUUGGUGUCAAUCUUUCAAAAGGUACUUCCUCAAAACCUGCAUACAACAGACUAAUAAGUAACAGCUGUAAAUUAUAGUUAGCGCGUUUUGCUUUUGAUUAUGUGAAAAGGAGAAAAGGAGACACACGCAUAUGUGCGUGCAUGGAGGAAAAAUAUGUACAUAAAGGCAAAGACGCACAUAUAUUCCCUCUUACAAGAGGCACUUGUAUGUUUGUAUGUAGUUAAUACUAAUGAUACCUAAAGGCCUAGAUCUUGGCAGUGAGCCUAGGGAUUUUGUCUUCAUUUGCACAGUUGGGGGCUAAUGGCUAUCACAGUAUGGUUCCAAUAAACAAGGGCCGUUGUUUAUUGGAAAGUCAGUCUAUCUUACAAAUGUAUCAAUUAGUGGGAAGGGGAAACAGUAAAUAUUUAUUUUGUUGGGUUUAUUGUCGCACCGACACAAUUUUAGGUCAUAUGGCGACUUUCCAGCUUUAAUGGUGGAGGAAGACCCCAGGUGCCCCUCCGUGCAUAUUUCAUCACGAGCGAGCACCUGGGUAGAACCACCGACCUUCCGUAAGCCAGCUAGAUGGCUUCCUCACGUGAAGAAUUCUACGCCCCAAAUGAGGUUUCGAACCCACAUCGAUGAGGGGCAAAUGGUUUGAAGUCAACAACUCUAACCACUCGGCCACGGAGGCCCCGAAACAGUAAAUAAGUGAUAACUUUAAAAGUUAUACCUUAUUUUGACAAUUUUUAUGAAAAGGAAAAUAUUUGUUGAUCAAACUAUUAUGAAAUAACAAGAACCUUAUUUAAAAAUAUGUUACAACAUUCAUGCUGUUUUUUGGGAAAAUAAGCAUGCUUUUUUCAAGUUCUGUCUGGAGACGUGCACAUAUUCAUUUUUUUUUUAUUUUAGAAAAAUGUGACAUUUACCUUUUGUUUAAAUGCUUGCAGAUGAUUGUAAAUAACAGUUUUCAGUUUUAUAAAGAAAAGACUGAAAAAGGUACCCUUUGGGCAAUUUAUUAUUGAAAUCGAAGAUAGUAUAGAUAGAACACAACAAUUUGAUUUUAUUAAGUAAUAUUAUAUUCAAAUAAAGGUGAUUGCUUGUACAUGAGAAAAUCAUUUUCCCAUUCUUUUUGGAAGUUUUUUUUAUAUAUAAAUAUAAUGGAAGGGUCAUUUCGUCCGUAUGACCUUUUUCAUUAUAAUUAUGAAAUUAUAAGAUAUUGUUUGUCAACAAAAAGAACACAUUGAUUUUUCACUUAUAAUACCCUUAUUUUCAAUAUCAUUACUAUAUCUUUUAUCAUUUUAAUUUGCAGUAUUAUAGAACAGUAGUCUGAUGACAUUAUAAUUGUCUGUACAAUAAUAAUAAUAAUAAUAAUAAAUAACAAUAAUGCUAAUAAUAACAAAUAAUAAUAAUAAUAAUAUUAUUAUUAUAAUUUCACAAUUAUCAAAGGAAUAUUAAUUUCUUUCAACUCCACUGCACAUUUGGUUUUCAUCUUCAUGGUCUAGUUGUGACCCUGCUGAGCUAAUUGCCCGCUAAUCAGCUAUUGUUACAUAAUUGCUGAUAACAACAUAUGAGAUGGGAGUUGUUUAUUGGAUUUGGUGGGAUUACACGUAGCGGAUCUGGGCCUUUAAGGGAUUUAUAGAGUUAUGUAAAUGAAUGUUUUUUGUCCGGUUUGUAUUAUUUUAGGAAUCUUCUCUUUGACUACUUGUUUGACAUCAGAUGAAUUAUAUAGACACUUCAUAUAUUGUUUUUUUUUUUAGUAUUUUUAAUCUGUAUGUGUGAAUAAACAUUGUAGAGAUGAAAGUGAGGUUGCGACUCUAUAUAUGUAAAGGUGAGUGUAGAUAACAGUAGAGUCUUAGGCAGCAUGCCAUAGCAAGUUGUCCUAACAAUUUAAACAACCAUGCAGUUCAAAAUUUUCGUUUAAAAUAACGGGCUGACAUUUUAUCAGAUACAGUUGAAAGACGCUUUUUAUUAUAUAUAGGGAUCGAUUUUACGUACGCGUAAACUUCGAAGGCUGUUUAAUAAGUGUAAAGAAUUGAGUGUGCUUGUAUCAGAAAGAAACACCAGAUUAAUUAUGUCAUAUUUCAAUCUCUAUGUUGUUAAAUACAGAAUACAGGUAAAAUGAUAAUAAAAUUAAAGUCUUGUUUAAAGCAUAUGAUGUAUCAUUAUUUGAUAUUUGUUGUUGUUUUUAUCGUUUUUAGCUCACCUGUCACAUAGUGACAAGGUGGGCUUUUGUGAUCACCCCUCGUCCGUCGUCCGUCGUCUGUGCGUGCGUGCGUCCGUCAACAAUUUCUUGUCUGCACGAUAGUGGUUUCAUUUAUGAUUUUAUUUUAACCAAACUUGCAUAAAACUUGUAUCACCAUAAGAUCUCGGUUCCUUUCUUGAACUGGCCAGAUCCCAUUAUAGGUCUAGAGUUAUGGUCCCUGAAAGUGCCAAAAUUAGCUAUUUUGACCUUGUCUGCACAAUAGCAGCUUUGUUUAUGAUUUGAUUUUUACUACACUUGCACACAACUUGUAUCACCAUAAGAUCUUGGUUCCUUUCUUGAACUGGCCAGAUUCCAUCAUGGGUUCCAGAGUUAUGGCCCCUGAAAGGGCCAGAAUUAGCUAUUUUGACGUUGUCUGCACAAUAGCAGCUUCAUUUAUAAUUUUAUUUCUUACCAAACUUGCACACAACUUGUAUCACAAUACGAUCUUGGUUCCUUUCUUGAACUGGCCAGAUUCCAUUAUGGAUUCCAGAGUUAUGGCCCAUGAAAGGGUAAGAAUUAGCUAUUUUGACAUUGUCUGCACAAUAGCAGCUUCAUUUAUGAUUUGAAUUUAAUCAAACUUGCAUAAAACUUGUGUCACCAUAAGAUCUUUGUUCCAUUCUUGAACUGGCCAGAUUCCAUCAUGGGUUCUAGAGUUAUGGCCCCUGAAAGGGCCAAAAUUAGCUAUUUUGACCUUGUCUGCACAAUAGCAGCUUCAUUUAUGAUUUGAAUUUAAUCAAACUUGCACAAAACUUGUGUCACCAUAAGAUCUUGGUUCUUUUCUUGAACUGGCCAGAUCCCAUUAUGUGUUCCAGAGUUAUGGCCCCUGAAAGGGCCAGAAUUAGCUAUUUUGACCUUGUCUGCACAAUAGCAGCUUCAUUUAUAAUUUUAUUUUAACCAAACUUGCACACAACUUGUAUCACAAUACGAUCUUGGUUCCUUUCUUCAACUGGCCAGAUCCCAUUAUAGGUUUCAGAGUUAUGGCCCCUGAAAGGGCCAGAAUUAGCUAUUUUGACCUUGUCUGCACAAUAGCAGCUUUAUUUAUGAUUUAAUUUUAACCAAACUUGCACACAACUUGUAUCACCACAAGAUCUUUGUUCCUUUCUUGAACUGGUCAGAUUCAAUCACGGGUUCCAGAGUUAUAGCCCCUUAAAUGUCCAAAAUUGGCUAUUUUGGCUUUUGCAGCCAUAUAGAGACUUCAUUUAUGGUUUGAUUUGAUACAAACUUCCAAACUACCUUCAACAACAAUAUAUCUUGGAUUCCAUGACGAACCUGUCAGAUCCAGUCGUAUGUUCCAGAGUUAUAUCUUAUUACCUCCCCUGAUUGUAAUCAAAAUGGAUUUAUAUCAGUAGGUACUUAUAGGACUUAUUUGAAAUUUCAUUAUUGUCAUUAGUUGGACUGAGACAAUCAGGGUAGAUAACUAUGGACUGAUUUUAUGUCAAAUUACCUCCCUUCAUUUCAAAUUAAAUUGGGUAUAUCUCCGUAACUAAUGAAGAUACUGAUCUGAAAUUUCAUUUAUGUCAACAGAUGAACUUGGACAAUCAGUGAAGAUACAUAUUGACUGAAUUUAUGACAGAUUACCUUUUUUUAUUAUUUAUCUAAAUGAAUACACCUUAGCAGCUUCUAAUGAGAUUGGUUUGAAACGAUCAUAUCAUUUUGAGCAAUAGUACUCAGGUGAGCGACACAGGGCCAUCAUGGCCCUCUUUUUUUUUUCUAAGUUGCCCAAUUGUGUAUUGAAUAGUAUUGAUAUAGCAUACAGUUGAUAAAUGCAUGUAAAUGAUCGAGUUUAUGUAAUACACAUACAUAAGAUGAAGCCAUCUUAAUUCAGUUUCGACAAUUCGCUUUAAUGUAGGGUUUUGAGCUUAUUAUUUCAUUUUACAUAGCCGUUAUUCACAAUAAGUUCGCACUCUUUCAAAAAAGAAAAUGUUGAAUUUACGACGUGACUUUUGUUGAUAUUUUUCAUAAACAGUUCGUCGCUAAUAGAUAUAAGCAUAAUUCUUAUAUAAACAUCUUGUUCGUAUUUCUGGUGCAUAGUGUGCAACCUGAUUCUUUUUACAAAUUCAAAUUUGAUCGAUAUUUAGCUCUACAUUGUAACUAACUGUAAGGCAUAUAUUUAAACAGAGCAUGCUCAUUUGAAACAACAAUCACACAAUAUACAUGACAUAUGAUAUAUCUCAUACAGAAAAUGACCAGUUGAUAUUGCAAGUAAUGCUGAUGAUAUACAAAACCUAAGCCGCAUAUAUCUUCUUGAAAUGUUCUAUAUUGAGAAUUGUUAAUGAAUUUCAGCUGAUCGAGUGCUUGUCAAAUUAUUGUUUUGCAGAUGUCAGUUCGUUGUAACCAAUAACACUUAUGAAUAUGUUAUAAGUUAAAUAAAAAAAAAACUGUUGGUGUUAUUAUAAAUUACAUGUAUAUUCAUUCAGAUGGUUCUUAUCAUUUUUAUAAUAACUGCCAACACAUACGAGUAAAUUUACGUUUAAUAUAAAAGUGAAUUGCAUUGCUGUACAUAUGGUUUGUUUGUUUUUGGUUUAACGCCGUUUCUCAACAGUAUUUCUGUCAUGUAACGGCGGGCAGUUAAACUAACCAGUGUUCCUGGAUUCUGUACCAGUACAAACCUGCUCUCAGCAAGUAACUGCCAACUUUCACACAUGAAUGAGAGGUAAAGGACCAAUGCUUUGUGCAUGUGGUGUGACGAUUAUUAAAACUGCCACUUUCUGGUAUGGUCAUUCAGUAGCUUGCUGCAUUUAGAAACUGUCCGAAGUACACUGGUGAAUAAUACGGUGGAAUGAAAUGUAUAUGUCUAUUUAGCACAUUUUAAGCCGAUUCCUAGAUAUUAUUUGGAAAAAUUUAAAGUGUCAGAAACUUAUAGAUCAUGUUAUAUUUUUGUCGUUUGAUUAUUUUAUCUCGGAUUGCUGUACAUACAUACAAAGAUUGUCAUUUUUGUAAGUCGUAUAAUAAAAAGAAUUAAAAUUAAUGUUUAAUGUUUAUUUCGACUUUUUAAAAAGGUGGUAAAUAUAAAAUUAGGUCAUUGCAUGAAUCAAUGAUUCUGAAAUAUUGAUAUAUUAUUAACACAUUUUUCUGAUAUUCUGUCUUUGAAAGAAAGGUUUUAAAUGAUAUUUGCAAUUUAACAAACGGUUUGAUAAUUAUGUAAUUCAGUAUUCAGCAAAAAUACACUAAUAUCAAUAUGUUUCGAUUUUUUUUGUAUUGAAAGUAAAUUAGUUUAAUUGUAAUAUUGUAAACUUUGUAAAUAUUUAUGUUUUACUGAGAAAAUGUCGCAAGUAUCUAAUUUAAUUAUUAUAGACUGCUUUCUGCUAGGAUAUUUCUAUGUAAUGUUUUUGUGACAAAACGUAGAUAUUUUGUACAUACUUUACAUUACAACUUGCUAUAAAAUGUUUGUCUAACACAUUUAAAACUAAGAAUUUGAAUAGAUGUAAUAAUGCUUAUAGCGAAACGUUCAGCUGUCCUGCAUCAGUUUUAAAGAAAUCAAUGCCAAUUGAAAUUAAAUUCAUUUCAAUGCCAUGUUGUCGUCAUUGACUGAAUUAUCAUUUAUACCCCACUUUGGUUUAGAUUGUUGUACAUGAGCGAUGCUCUCUCCAUAGCCCGAGGCGCUUGGAAAUUGAUUUCUUUAAGCAAAGAUGAGAUAUCGUUUUUUUACAGCACUUUACAUAAAAAAUACAUAUGAAACAUGUAUAGUUGUUAUGGCCGACAUAGCUUAUAUCAAGAGAAUGGUAAAUGUUUAUGUAUGUUAUUUUUCAUAUAUCGAUCAACGAUGCAUAUGUUACAGGAGAAACUAUGUAUUUUGUCACGGAGUUUGUAGUUGAACUAUGUUUGUUCAGUCUGGCAGAAUAUCUUGUCACUGAACUUUUAUAAUAAUGACAUAGUAUUUCUGCAAAGUUUGAUGGUAAUUUAUCUAGUUCAUUCAUGUCUAAGUUAGUUUGCAACCGUGCGUGGUCACUGCUUGAACAAUGUAAGUUACAUGUAGGUAUUGGUUGUUCUUAUAUUUAUUACUUAAUUAUUUAAAUGAUUUCUAUGCCGUUAGAUUCCAAAAUACGUCCAGUCUUUAAUAAUCAUUUUAUUCAUUAGCGAUAUUUUCGGCUGAAAACAAAGUUCGACAACUUUUUGAGAGAACUUUCUUUUUGGAGUGAAAUAGUAACAAAGACUUUUCUAAACAAAAAAAAAAAUGAACGAAAAGCGGGUUUUGUUAAUGUUAUUGAAGGAGUUACAAAAUUGUUCAAGGCGAGGUAGAACAUUGACAUUUAAACAUAGACAUUCAGUAAGUAACAUAUCCUCGGAUAUGAUCACUUUAUCAGAUACACAUGUAAACAUAUUAUUACCUACAGUUACUUUUGUAUCUUUUCUCUUAUAAACUAAGAAAUGAAUACAGAAUUUAGAGCUGUGGAAUAAAUGAAAUGUAUGAAAGGAAAA